AUAUAAUGUAAGCAAGUCCAAGAGCUGAAAAUAAAAACGAAAUACUUUCAGUUUAUAGCACAAAUCCAUAAAUAUACAUCAAAGUUUUGCAAUUAAACAAUGAAUGACAAUUAUUACCAAUAAUACAUGUCAAAUUACUUAUAAAUUUUGGUCAAUACAAUGUAUAUUAUUAAAUAUUCUUACAACAAUAUAUGGAACAAGUUUUUCAUAACACUGACACGUAGGACAUAUGUAUAUUUUGUAAUAAAAAAAAACUUACGAGGAACAACGUAGGGAAUUUGAUCUAAUAUUCUACGAAGCGUAUUGGGAAAUCCAUGAGAUAUAAUACCAGCAAAAGCUUUCUGCUCGAAAUGAGAUAACUUGAAUACAACAAUACCUCUUAGCCUGUGUAAUUGGCCGAAUCCUUUACCCAUGGUUUAUUCUGAAAUAUAAAAGUUAUGUAAUCCAUGUGAUAAAACUGAUCAGUAUUUGGUUAUUUAAAAAGAAAUGAAAAUGAGAUAUUUGUCACGAAAAAGAUGGAAAUGAAAGUCUUUAAAAUCGUUAAAUACGUAUUCAAAUUAAAAUACAUACUUUCAAUAAAAGUGGACUAACUAGGAUUAUUAUUUUACUUUUACUGAAAAAAAUGAAAUACGAUAACUUGACAGCCUCAAAAAACCUUGUUGAAUUUAAAGAGAAAUGAGUCCAAAUGAAUCAACGAGAAGAAGAAAAUUUAGGUUAGAGUGAAAAAUUUUGAAUUACACAUUUUGUAGUUUUGUUUUUAAGUUUAAAUUAAUUAAAUUUUCAACGUGCAAACGCAAUGCCCAUAGCACAAUUGUCAGGAAGUGGAGUUACUAACGACACAAGCAAAUCAAAAACGUUUGUUUUCCAAGACGAAGGGCACACAUUGGGAAAUUCUUUGAGAUGCAUUAUCUCUAGUUACCCGGAAGUACAAUUUUGCGGCUACACAGUACCGCAUCCAGCCGAAUCUAAAAUGCAUUUCCGAAUACAAAUGCACAACGGCAAAGCCAUAGACGCACUGAAGAAGGGUCUAGAGGAUUUGAUGCAAGUCUGCGAUGUUACAUUGGAAAAAUUCAAUGAAGAACUCCACAGCUCCUGAUUUAUAGAGUUAAAAUGUUAAUAGUUAAGUUAAAAUGGUUACAAGUUAAGUUAAAAUGAAUUUAAUAUGAUACAAAUUGUGUAUUUUUGUAUUAAAUAAAAUAAUUGUAA